AUGAUCUGUGAACAAGAAUUGCGCAAUAAAUUAAAAGAACUACAACAAAAAUUGGAAAAAAUAACAGCGCAGAAAGAAACCAAAACACGAAUAAGUGAAGAAAACUCUGUGGGAUCUAACGAUGCUGAAAAUGAUGAACAACCUGUUGUGGCGAGGCUAAACAAAAUAACAAAUCCAAAUGAAAGUGAAGUGAUUAUUUCUCCAAUUGGAGCUAAUCCUCCAAUUGAAAUGGGUUCCACCCAGCUGUAUGGAAAAAAUUAUGAAGAAGAUUUGGUUCACAUAAAAGACAACAUUUGGCCAGACGUCUUAUUGAGGGUGUUUUUAAAUUGGAAGCCAUUUUAAGAACAACAAUGUAAGUUUAAGAGCAAGUGAGAAAAUCAAAUUUAAAAUUAAGUUAAUUAAAUAAGACUGAAUUUAUAUACAUAUUUUAUUUUUCAUAAAAUGUUUUCGCCUAUGUUUUAUUUUUUUUUUUUUCAUUUUCAUUGUUAAUUUUAUUUAUGUUAUUAUAUGUAUAUUUAUCACUUUUAUUUUACUAUAAUAAGAAUUAUUAGACAUGUAUACAAAACAUAUGUACAUAUAUUUAUAUACUUAUGUAUGUAAAUUCUAUGUAUGAUUAUCAUUAUUAAAUCACUCAUUAUCAUUCAUAAAUUAAAAGGAAGCUGGAAUACCUGAAUUAAAUAUAUAAGAAUAAGAUUCUAUGUACCUUUUUUAAUAUUAAACUGAAUAAACAUGUUUACAAACAUACAUUCAAUGCAUUUUUUAUAUAUA